GGAAGGUAAUGUGGGGAUACUUAUUUAUCCGCAUUAGUGUUUCUAAAAUUCGUUUGAGGGAGGAGAGCCAAUAUGUGUCUAGCUAUAAUAAGGAGAGCUUUGGGGAGCCAAUAUAUAUUUUUGGAGUUGGCCGUCUCCAACAUAUUCCUCUACCAUAUCCCCAUGGUAAGCAUUUCUCUAUUGGCGCAAAUAUAUCGGAUUAG